GUCAUUGAAACAUUGCGAAGAAAGUUUCUAAAUUUUAUUUCAAAAUUUAUAAAUUUAAACGUAUUAGUGAACAAUAAAUUUAAGGUCAACAAAUCUGAAGCUCAUAAAAUAACGUAAAAAUCAUGUGUUCAUGAACCAUGUGCUGAUUGAUAUACAAUCACGUUUUAUUUAUGUAUGCUGUGAGUACAUACUCCAAGGACUUCAGUUUACUUAUUCACUAAUUGACUUCAAUAAAUUUCAUGACUAAAAGUGCAAGAGACACAACCAAGAUGAUUAACCUAAAUAUUUUGAAGCAAUCAACAAUUGUCCAUCUAUGUUUUGCUAUAUCAUACUUCACGUCUGGUUUGAUCCUGACCUUUGUACAAGCCAUUUUAUACUUUGGACUCAAGCCAUUCAAUAAAUCUUUGUAUAGAAAGAUAAACUAUUAUCUUUCAUAUUCAUUUUAUAGUCAAUUAGUGUUUAUGUCAGAAUGGUGGUCAAAUACAAAAUUAACUUUAUACAUUAAGAAAGAUGAAUAUGAGAAAUUUUAUGGUAAAGAGCAUGGAUACCUUAUAAUGAACCAUAGCUAUGAAAUAGAUUGGCUCAUGGGAUGGCAUUUCUGCAACACUAUAGGAGUUUUAGGGAACUGCAAAGCCUACGCAAAGAAGUCCAUCCAGUACUUACCACCCAUUGGUUGGAUGUGGAAAUUUUCCGAGUUUGUAUUUUUAGAAAGAUCUUUCGAGAAGGAUAAGGAAACAAUUAAACACCAGAUAUCAGAACUAUGUGACUAUCCGGAUCCUGUAUGGCUACUCAUGACACCUGAGGGCACUCGGUAUACGAAAAAAAAGCACGAAGCAUCGUUGAAGUUCGCGAAAGAAAAGAACUUGCCGCUUCUGAAACAUCACCUAACACCCCGUACCCGAGGGUUCACCACAAGCCUACAGUUCUUCAGAGGAAAAAUACCCGUUAUAUACAACAUACAGUUGGCUUUUGAAAAGGAUGCCAAGACACCGCCUACGUUAACAAGUUUGUUGUACGGCAAGCCGGUGCAUCCUCAUUUAUACAUUGAACGGUUACCAGUCGACAAAGUGCCUGAAGAUGAGGCCGAAGCCGCCAAGUGGCUGCACGACCUAUUUGUUGUAAAGGACAAAAUGCAAGAGUCCUUCAUCAACACCGGUGACUUUUUCCUCGAAUCAGGAGUUGAACGAGUAGAGCCAUUUACCGUCUCCCCGCCCAUCUGGUCGCUGGUCAACGCUUUGGGCUGGGCGGUCGUUACGCUCACACCUAUGCUCUACUAUCUGAUCGGUCUCCUGUUCAGUGGAAAACUCCUGUACUUCUCCAUAGCCUGUGCUAUAUUCGCCGCAUUUUUCAUUCUACUUCAAAAGUCUAUUGGAAUGUCGCAAAUCAGUCAAGGUUCUUCCUACGGAACAGAAAAGAAGUAAGGUACCUGUUACAGUAUUUAAAAAUAUACUAUGUAUUCUAUACAUAAUACCUGUAUACUAUAUUUUUUUUAAACAAACUAGAUCAUGUAGUUGCAUACAUUAUAGUUUUGUUUAUAAAUAAACAUAGUAAUUUGGCUGAAUCUAGUAUAAAUAAAAGAAGAAAUGAAAUACAUAGAGCGUAUUGGGUGUAUAAAGAAUGUUAAAAUUGUACUUUAAAUGUAUAUGUUUUAGUAAACUUAUAAAAACUGAUUUUUUAUACAAAAAAAGUAAUUACUGCCCCAUUGUUUAAUUUGUUACAAUGUAUACUGUGACUGUUCAGUUAAUUUAUUGUUAUUUUUGUUUGAUGAAUCUUCAGUUGCAACGUUCGAAGAGCGUUAGCCUCAUGUGCUCGCACUAGCCUUUUCAGCCUGACUUUAUCUAUCACAGAUAAAAGUUGCGCUGAGAAGGCCAAGUGCAGUUUUAGUAUAUCCUUAUUUAUAACCAUGAUAACAUUUAUCUGAUGUAUUAAUCGCUAAAUUUACAGUCGUGCCGUUUUAGAUAACAAAUAUAACAUUUUAAUCCUGAUAUCAUUGUUACUAUGGAAAUUUAACUUUUUAAUUGAUGAUGUUGGGACUGAAUUAAAAAAAUAUAAAGAUUUCGUAAUUUAGAACAAAGUGAAUUUACUUGCACACUUGAAUGCGUUCUGUAUUUUCUAUUUUUAUAUAAAAUAAUUUGGAUGUUGUUAAAUUAUAUUUCCCUUUUUAGAAUCAUGUUUAUAAAAAUCUUUAUAAAUUUUGUGUGUAUGAUGGAUCUACUUACCUUAUAAAAGAGAACCUUCAAAUUGGCACGACAAUCUUGUUACAAGUAGGUUGGAUAAAAAUAUGUACCUGUUAAAUUACAUACUGUUAUUUGACUCAUACUAGACACUUUGUAAAUAUUGGAUGGAUUAGAAGAAAAGAGAUUUUGAUAUAUGUUUUUAGUUUGUAACUACGUAACAUUAAUGUUUUUCAUGAAAAGCAUUGUUAUUACUAGCUGUACGUAGAAAAGCUUACGCAAUAAUUAACUAUGAAUGACUAUGAUGUGCAACGUGUGUAGAUAUACAGAUACGUGUAUUUUUGUACAACCUGCAAACUAUGAGCAAAACUAAACAAUACUCGAAGCUAAUUCAAUAUUUAUGCACAAAUAUACAUUAAACCAGCACAAAGCUAUAGGUUAUACGUGCAAUUUUGUUUGUUUCUAAGUGUGAAAAUAUAUUAAGAUAUUUUUGUUUUUAUUGUACUGUGUUACAAGUUUUGUUUGACUGUCAAAUAGCAAUGUUUUUAUAUAAAGUUCAGAAACGAAGUUAUUUUGAAUAACGUUUUAUGUAUUGCUUACAGCAUUAUUCAUUAAAAUGUGGUAAAAAGAAAUUAGGUAGAAUCCGAUCGUGUAUCCCUUAUGCAAUGCUCGUGCGGCAUGAAUUCCUUUGCCGUUCCUUGCGUAUGCGGUCUUAGCUAAACAUUCAUUACCAAAUAACAGAACGAUUGGAAUAAAUGCGUGCAAUUAAUUAACAUUAAAUCACGCACAGCACAACUUCUUUAAUUAUUUCUCCCUAUGUCGCAUUCUUGUUUGAUUACUAUUUAACCAAUUUAUAACAAUAACUCGUUUGUUUGGGUUGCAUUAACUAUAACAAUAUGUUAUUUCAAAAUAGGUUUAUGGUUUCAUUUUUAGAUAUAUUUAUUAAAUCUAAAUCGUACAGGUAAUAACGAUAUUUUUGAUAUGUCUGAUGUACUUUUGAUUGUUGAACUAUUUGUAUGUUAACAAGAUACCUUGGCCUGCAUUCGCAUCUUGUAGAGACAUAGUCAUGUUAUUUUGGUUGUCACUAAAAUACACUUAUUUAUAAGAAUACCAUCUUAAAUCAGCUUCGCAAGACCAGAGCCCAUUUUUUGUUGGAAUGCAUUUAUUAGAAUUAGUGUAUGUAAGUGUUGUUAUUUUUUAUUAUGAUUUACACGCAAUAUGGCGUUGAAAUAUGCAUAACAACUCAAUAAAUAACUCAUGCGUGACUGGACUCACUAUUUGUUGGGUAAAUGGUUGUAUAUGUCCUCAUCUAACUUUACAAGAUGCUUCUGUUGGUUAAAUCACCACAGAUAUCGAAAUACUAAAUAAAAUUAAUAAGAACCAUAGGAGGCUGCUUUGCUUCUUUGAAAUAGGUAUCUUAUAGUUUUGUUAAAUAUUUUUUAAUUAAAUAAAUGAGACUACAGAUACCAUGGUCGCCAACGUUUACGAUGAAUUGCAACUGUAACAUAUUGAAAGAUGUUAGCCAAAUAUAAUUUGUCCUAUACGUGUGCGACAAAAGCUUAUUGCUUACUACGAGAUCGAACCCAUAGAGCGAAUAACUUGCCGCUAAAAGAGUAGUCGUUGUAGUAAGCAAUGUGCUUUACAGAAUUGUGAUAUGCCAAAUUGACUCGAUAGUUCUACGAACAUAGCACAAAACUUGUGUAAAUUAUAGACUUGUAUUUAUGGUUGGUUAUUUUCAUUUCAAAUAGAUGAUGUUGUAACUUUGUACGUAUCUUUAUUAUUAUUAUUAAACUUGUACUACUUA